ACUUCGAAUUUUAUGUGUGCAUUCUGCGAGCUGCAGUUUGAGUGGCAUUCAGUUUCUGCUCAGCUUACAAAGUAGCAUCAAAUACAACAAACUUAUCUUGGAAAGGAAUAUACUGAAAUCAGAGAAUGGCUACACUCGAAGAUAAAAUCCUCGGCGAAAAAUUGCAGUAUUAUUGCAGCAGCAGCGAGGGUGAAAGUGACAAUGAAGAUGUGGACUCCAAAGAUGCAGCGCCAAAGGGCAAAUCUGGGUCGGAUCUCAAAUUCAUACCGGAGAGCCAAAUCAUGGAACAGUCGCACUGGUCCGGAAGCACCACCAACACCGGUCCGAAGGGUGUGAUCAAGGAUUGGCAACGGUUCAAACAGCUAGAAACGGAGAAGAAGGAAAGCCAGGAACGCGAAAAGUUGGACCUAAUUAAGAAACUCAGCAUAACUUCGCGAACCGUUGCGGAAGAUGAGAAAGCCAAAGAGCAGGAACAGUUAGAUGAGGAACUGGCCGAGCUAAUGAGUGACGAUUUUCUGCUGCAAUAUCAAAAGAAACGUAUGGCCGAGAUGCUAGCUUUGGCCGGGAAGUUACCCACUUUCGGUACCCUGACGGAUAUCCAAAACGGAGACGAAUUCCUUAAAUCAGUGGAUGAAGAGCAAAAAACCGUUACGGUCAUCAUCCACAUCUACGACCGUUAUGAUACGGCUUGCAAAAACAUGAACAAAUCUCUCGAGGAACUCGCACAGGAAUACAAGAAUGUAAAAUUCUGCAGAUUUAUGAGUUCGGUGGCCGGUCUCAGUUCGUUUUUCAAAUCCAACGGAGUCCCGGCUUUGCUCGUGUACAAGGGCGGCCAAAUGAUUGGCAAUUUCGUACGGGUCACCGACGAUCUGAGCGACCAAUUUAACAGUUCCGACGUGGAAGGGUUCUUAAUAGAGGCCGGAAUGUUGCCCGAUAAAUCAUGCGUUCCGGCAAUAGUGACCGGGGUAUCCGGAAAUGCAAAUUAAUGUUAUGUAUAAUUAUCAUAAUAAUUAUGGAAAUUAGACCUAGUUUUCUUUUUAAUUGAUAUUUUAUGUUCAAUUUUAAGUAGGAUUAAUGAUUAUACACUUUUUCAUGAUCGUCAAUCAAAAUCUAACACAUAUUAUUUCAAAAAUA